UCUGUCAUCGGCGCUGUUCUCAGAUCAUGGAGCUGAGAGCCGAGCUUUUAAAGUCCAUCUGGUACGCCUUCACGGCCUUGGACGCGGAGAAAAGCGGCAAAGUGUCCAAGUCUCAGCUGAAAGUGCUUUCUCACAAUCUCUACACUGUGCUCUGUAUCCCCCAUGAUCCCGUGGCGUUGGAGGAACAUUUCAAAGAUGAUGAUGAUGGGCCGGUUUCAAGUCAGGGGUAUAUGCCAUAUAUCAACAAGUACAUCCUGGACAAGGUAGAAGAAGGUACUUUCGUCAAGGAGAGGUUUGAUGAGCUGUGCUGGACAUUGACAGCAAAGAAGAAUUACAAGCAAGACCGGAAUGGAAACAGUGUUGUAUCCCACGAAGAUGCUUUCAGGCUCUGGUGUCUCUUUAAUUUCCUGUCUGAAGACAAGUACCCUCUUGUUAUGGUUCCUGAUGAGGUGGAAUAUCUCCUGAAGAAGAUCUGCACAGCCAUGAGCAUUGAGCUCAACAGCGGGGAGCUGGAUGACUAUCUUUCCCAAGAAACCCAGCAGCAGAGUGGCUUGAUAGUUUGGCAGUUCCUAGACUUGGUAAAUUCAGGUCGGUUCCUGCGGGGGAUUGAGCGUGAGGCCAUCAGUAUGGCAAUUGAGGAGGUCUACCAGGAGAUCAUCGGGGAUGUGCUCAAACAGGGCUAUCUGUGGAAGAAAGGUCAUCUGAGGAGGAACUGGUCCGAGCGAUGGUUCACCCUAAAGCCCAGUGAUCUCUCUUACUAUGUGAGUGAGGAACGUAAGGAGAAAAAGGGGAGCAUUUCUUUGGACAGAAAUGCAUGCGUGGAGAUCUUGCCUGACAAAGAUGGGAAACGGUGUAUGUUCUGCGUGAAAACUGCUUCACGGACGUACGAAAUGAGCGCCUCAGACACCAGGCAAAGGCAGGAGUGGACUCUUGCUAUCCAGAUGGCCAUCCGCCUGCAGGCAGAGGGCAAGAAGUCCCUGCACAAGGAUUUGAAGCAGAAGAGGCGGGACCAACGAGAGCAGCGGGAGCUCAAGAAGGCUGCCAAAGAGGAGGAGAUGCAGCGCCUGAAGCAGCUGCAGGAAGAGAAGGAGCGCAAGCUGCAGGAGCUGGAGCUGCUGAAGGAGGCUCAGCGGCAGGCCGAGUUUCUGCUGCAGGAAGAAGAGCAGCGGCGCCAGCAGCAGCAUGAGGAAAUGCAGAGGACGCUGGAGGUACAACUGCGUGAAGCCGAACAGGCCCGUGCUUCCAUGCAGGCUGAGAUGGUUCUGAAGGAGGCAGAGGCAGAACGUCAGCGCAAGCGCAUCACAGAAUUGGAGGAGAUGCAGCAACGGCUCCAAGACGCAUUGCACCAGGAGGUCAAAGCUCGUCAGGACGAAGAGGCUGUGAGAUACGCACAGGCCAGGCUGCUGUCUGAAGAGGAAGAAAAAUUGAAGCAAUUGAUGAAGAUGAAGGAAGAACAAGAGGAGUACAUCAUCAAGGCCCAGCACGAAAAGCUGGUCCUCAAGCAAGAGAUGGAAAAUAAGAGCAAGUUUCUGGAAGAGGCCCAACAGCAGCUGGAAGAAGUGAGAUUUAACCGAGAGAGGAUGGACCAGGAUGUCAUGCUGGCCCAGCGGAAGCUCCAACAAGCCAGCACCAAUGUAAAGCAUUGGAAUGUCCAGAUGAAUCGACUGAUGCACCCUAUUGCUCCAGGAGAGAAGCGUACGGUGGUUUGUGGAGGGUUCCACGGCUUCGAUCCGGCACUCCUGUCCAGGAGAGAUUCCUCCCUCAAACUGAAGCAGAAUCUGGAAAAGAAGAAAUCUGAUGCUGUGAAAAAUGAGUGCAAAGAAAACAUAAAUGGAGAGACUGAGAAGCAACUGCAGCCGUCUGAUAAGGAUAAUCCCAGCUCAGAAACCCUCUGAUUAGCCACAGAAGGGAGGCAAACCCACUUGUUGAAAUUUAGGGUCCAGGAAGUAAACACCAUGACAGAUUAACAAUGAUAGUGUAUAUACAUGUAUGAAUACUGGACAGAUAUAAAGAAUUGUAUAGGGAAGUAUGGUGAUGAUUCUACCCUGUUAAGCCACAGGCUAUGUUGGCAGUUUGCUUAGUGCACUAGAGCUGCACUGAUGUAUAUAAUAUGGACAAAAUGGAAGUUUUCUUAUGCCAAGAACAGAAGCAUGGUUCUUUGGGAUUACAGCUCCCCCGUGAUACAACCUAUUUGGUCUCAGCAGAUGGAGAAAUAUCUUGGUCACACUGUAUCAUACUGUGCUAUUACGGGCUUGAGGAAUUCCUAACAGCUGUUGUUGAUGGUAGUAACCUCUGUGGCUAUGUGCCAAGAAGUCUGUCAUUUUAAAAACUUCUUUUUUAAAAUGGGAAAAUACACAUUUCAUGCUAUUUUGGUUUGGAACAUAUUAUAAAAAAAGUUGGGUCCUGUUCUUUGGGGGAAAUGUUGUUAAUGUUCUCUUUGGACCCGUUUUCAUUCAUCUUUUAUUAUUUAGCAGGUGACGCCGCGAAACAGAUAUGACCAGAGUAGGUCUACUGAAUUCUGAAAAGGCUGUGUGUUCUGAGCACUUUUGAGUCGAACUAGCAGUCCAAAAGAAGAGAUUGCAAAGAGCUAGAAACCUGA